UUUUCUUCUAAGACACAGGCCUGUGAGAUGUGUGAGCGUACGCGUGAAAGUAUGUGCGCCAUAAACCUUCUACAUGACGUCAGAUCCAAAGCAACCCAAGAUAUCGUAUACUGCGCAUGUUAUCCAUGAUACUGCAGAUAACAGAAGGAUGGGAAUUCCAGAGAACAUAGAGGAUUUACCAGUGAAGAAUGGGGACAACGUACUGGUGUUAUGGGGUGGCUCCCAGUCCCCUGAGGUUGUGAAGACACUUGUGGAAAACUUGCAACAGAAAGUGGGCACAGGAAAAGUCCAGGUGGAGAAUGUGGAAAGGUUGACUGUGUCUUCACAUGGAGUAUCCACAUUUGACGUUGUGCUGUCAGGAGUUGCUUCCCCUUGUUGCAUACAGCAUGAUGUUGAGCUUCUGGGUGAAGUGUGUAGAAUACUGCGACCAAGUGGAGUUGUUGUUAUUAGAGAGCCAGUCAUGUCAGCUGAAGGCACAUCUAACAUUAAAACACAAGCUAAAUUAGCGUCUGUGAUAAAGCUGUCAGGAUUUGUUGAUAUAUCAGAGGCCAAAACAGUUAAAUGUCCAUCCUCCGAAUUGAGCGAGAUACAAAAGAUUUUAAAAACAGACCUGCAGUUGACAGUUGCCCACUUCAGUGCCAAGAAACCAGAGUAUGAGCUUGGGUCCACUUCACAACUGAAGCUUUCAUUUCCUUUAAAAUCUUCAGCAACAGCCAAAGUUGAUGCCAGUGUGGCCAAGGUGUGGACCCUCUCAGCCAAUGAUGUGUUAGAUGAUGACUUGGAUAUCAUGGACUCUGAUGACCUUUUGGAUGAGGAGGAUCUGAAGAAACCUGAUCCAGCUUCCCUUAAAGCGGAAUGUGGCCCAGGCUUGGGAAAGAAGAAAGCCUGCAAGAACUGCACCUGUGGCCUAGCUGAGGAACAGGAAGGGGAGAAUUUAGGAGUGGUCAAGGCUAACACCAAGAAGACCGCUACAUCGGCCUGUGGAAGCUGUUACCUGGGAGAUGCAUUCCGUUGUGCCAGCUGUCCUUACUUGGGAAUGCCGGCCUUCAAGCCCGGGGAAAAAGUGUCGCUGACUGACAGACAACUGAAGGCAGAUGCGUAGCAUGGGUCUGUUACCAUGACAAUGAACACAUUUAGUGUUACAGAAAACUAGAAGUGCAUGCAAAUUUUCAAGGAGACCCAGAAGAUAUAUUUUCGAGGAGUAGCAGAUGCGAGAAGUUAAAACAUUUUCUUUAUAAAUAGGUUUGUAUUAAUUUAUAUAAGGUUGAAUAAUCAAGAUUGGGUAUGGUAAUUGAGACUGAAAAGGAACGUAUCAUAACUUGUCUUGUCCUUAUUAGCUGUUGUAAGGAAGCUUUUCUCUUCUGGUGAAGUACCAAAUAGGGCUGGUGUGAGGAAAGCUAUAUAAAGCUGGCUAAAGUGUCAAGGUCCAAGGUUGUGCCCAGGGUAAGACAUGGGUAACAUAUUUUGAUACCAUGAAUUUGAUGUAACAUAAUAAUCUUGUCUUAAAAUAAAGAUCCAGUCACGGUAAGUAAUUUCCCUAUGGGCCCCCGGUGUGAGAGGGGGAAGGUGGAUUUUGUUACAGAAUGAUCCAUCUAACUUCAUCAUGAAGAGUUACAUGCCAAGUUUGCCAAUUUUCAACAAAAUUAUGGCCAUUUUUAUGGCCAAGUUACUAUUAUGAUGGAUCUAACCUUUUGGGAUCAUGUAUUGCUUUCUCUAUACUUCCAGAAUGCAUGUUUUGUAAAAGAUUAGAUUAGCUUCACGAUAUCAGUCUGAAUAUCCUACUUGUUUUCAAGCAAACGUCAAGUGCCUAAAAUUAGCCUGAAUUUACUGCGGUAAAGCAAAUACUUUUCUCCAACCUUUUGUGAGACAGAUGAUCUUAAAUUGGCAGGAUAUGCUUUGUAGUUUUAUUCUUCCAAGGCAGGGAUGUUCAUACCAUGACCAUGUUUAAACUUUCAAAGAUAAAGAUACAUGUACUGCCAAACGUUUGAUAUCUUAAGAAACUGUACAGAAUGUUUAUUAAAGAUC